GGACACAUUCUGCAGGAGGUGUUGCAGUUGCUGCAAUGUGGCUCUUUGAAACAACCAGUGUGAUAAUGGUGAUUACUCUCACGUCGCCAGGUGAUUGUGAGAGAGAUUGGAUGGUGACUUUCAACAAUGCAUAUCCAUGUGCCUUAAAAGGGUCAUCAGUGGUGUUUGGAUGCAGUUAUGACUACCCCUCAGACCAGACUGUAACAAAUACCUUCUGGAAGUUCAGGACUCAAACGGAUGACACAAAUUUCUUUGAGGCCCAGCAAUACAGAGACCGUGUAGAAUACCUUGGAAAUGAAAAACACAACUGCACCUUGAGAAUGAAUAACCUAAUUAGUAGUGAUGUAAAUUCCUAUUUCUUCAGAUUUAAGACAACUAAUAAUGCAUGGAGCAGUACAACAUCAGUUUCACUAACUCUGACAGGGCUGACAGCUGAUGUAAACCCUGCCACUGUGAGAGAGGGAGAGAAGGUGACACUAACAUGUAGCACAACCUGUACACUGAGUGACCCUCCCACUAUUGUCUGGUUCAGGGAUGGACAAUCAGUAUCAAAAACAGAGUUUCAGGCAAAUAGUGAGGAUUCUGGUAGAUACCGAUGUGCUGUUCAAGGUCAAUAUAAUCUCUCCUCUGCUCCAGUGUCUCUUGAUGUCCAAUAUGCUCCAAAGAAUGUCACAUUGUCGGUCCGUCCAUCUGGAGAUGUUACUAAGGGUAACUCAGUCACUCUCAACUGCAGCUGCAGUGCAAACCCCCCCGUGUUGGACUACCUCCUGUAUAAGGAGAGUGGACAGGGCUUCACCACUGUGGCUGGGAGGCAGACUCACACCUUUUAUAACAUCCAGCCAGGGGACAGUGGAUGGUACUACUGUAAUGCCAGCAACAGUAUCAACACAGUCAGAUCUAAUCUAACUACCCUCAAUGUUCAAUACCCUCCUGAGGACACCUCUGUGUCAGUCAGUCCCUCUGGUCCAGUGGUAGAGGGAAGCUUUGUGAAUCUGACCUGUAGCAGCCAUGCUAACCCAGCAGUGAGCUACACCUGGUACAGAGUCAAUGGGAAAAGCCCUAUCCAGUCAGGGACUCAGUUGAUACUUGAGAAGGUCUCUCCUGCUAACUCAGGGAGGUAUUACUGUAAGGCACAGAACAAACAUGGAGCCCUCAACUCAUCACUCCUGUUUCUUGAUGUUCUGUAUCCCCCAAGGAACACCUUGGUAUCAAUCAGUCUCUCUGUCCCACUGUUAGAGGGAAGUUCUGUGAACCUGACCUGCAGCAGCCACGCCAACCCAGCAGUGGAGAACUACACCUGGUUUAAGAAGGAUGGAACAGACGCCUCACAGACAGGGUCAGGAGAGGUGUUGAGAUUGACUUCUCUUACCUCCUCUGACAGUGGACAGUACUUCUGUGAGGCCAGGAACAGAGAAGGGGCUCACACGUCUACCGUGGUGUUUCUGACCAUACAGAGUGCCAAUCAUGCUACAAAUACUUUCCAAAUAGCAGUUUACAUUGGUUCCGCGGCCACAGUUUUCACGGUGAUCGUACUUCUUGUGUUCUUAUGGAUGUGGAAGAUCCCGUUCAAAUUAUGUCAAAGGACUGCUGUGGACAUAGAGGACGAUCAAAACUCAGUCUUAUCCAGAAAAAGGACCAGUAAUGACCCAGCCACACAGGAAACUAGAACAGAGGAACAGGAAAAUGCCCUCUAUGCCAACGUUCAACUGCCUCCCUCUCACACCCACCACCAAGACAGUUAUCUGUACUCUGUGGUCGAGCCACCAGCUCUGCAGAACCCUCCUGAACCUCAUUACGCUACCUUUGACUUCCAACAGUUCCACAGCUCCAUCGACGAGGCCCAAUUCUCCCGAUGCCAUAAAGAGGAUGAUGUUGUAUACUCCACAGUGAAAGCCAUAGAGGCCAACGUGACAGACAACCUCCAGUACGCCAGCAUCCAUUUCCCCCUCUCCAGUCCUACUGCCAGGCUGGAAGAAAGAUUAGAGGUGGACCAUUCUGUUAUCUACUCCACUGUUGCCAAACCAGAAGCCUGAACAUAUCCUUUCAUAAUGUUCAAUAAACUAAGCUGCAUUGGAACGCAAGUUAAGAUAUGUAAAGUGUGCAAUUAAUAAGUUGUUAUGGUAAUAGAGUUACAGUGCCUUCGGAAAGAAUUCAGACCCCUUGACUUUUUCCACAUUUUGUUACGUUAUAGACGUUAUUCUAAAAUGGACUAAAUACAUACAAAUUCUCAGCAAUCUACACACAAUACCCCAUAAUGACAAAGCAAAAACAGGUUUAUAGAAAUGUCUGCAAAUGUAUAAAAAAUAUUAAAAAACAGAAAUACCUUAUUUACAUAAAUAUUCAAACCCUUUGCUAUGAGACUCGAAUUUGAGCUCAGGUGCAUCCUGUUUCCAUUGAUCAUCCUUGAGAGGUUUCUACAAAUUGAUUUCUACAACUUCACCUAUGGUAAAUUCAAUUGAUUGGACAUGAUUUGGAAAAGCACACGCCUGUCUAUAUAAAAUCCCACAGUUGACAGUGCAUGUCAGAGCAAAAACCAAGCCAUGAGAUCGAAUGAAUUGUUUGUAGGGCUCCAAGACAGGAUUGUGUCGAGGCACAGAUCUGGGGAAUGGUACCAAAACCUUUCUACAGCAUUGAAGGUCACCAAGAACACAGUGGCCUCCAUUAUUUUUAAAUGGAAGAAGUUUGGAACCACCAAGACUCUUCCUAGAGCUGGCCGCCCCCCGGUCAAACUAAGAAAUCGGAGUUCCUCUGUGGCGUAUGGAGAACCUUCCAGAAGGACAACCAUCUCUGUAGCACUCCACCAAUCAGGUCUUUAUGGUAGAGGCCAGACGGAAGCCACUCCUCAGUAAAAGGUGCAUGACAACCCUCCUGGAGCUUGCCAAAAGCCACCUAAAGUGCUCUCAGACCAUGAGAAACAAGAUUCUCUGGUCUGAUGAAACCAAGAUUGAACUCUUUGGCCUGAAUGCCAAGAGUAAAAUCUGGAGGAAACCUGGCACCAUCCAUACGGUGAAGCAUGGUAAUGGCAGCAUCAUGCUAUUGUAACGAGAUUCGCCUUCCUCUGACGAGGAGUAUGACAGAUCGGACCAAUGUGCAGCAUGGUAAGUGUUCGUAUUUUUUUAUGAAAAGUCACUGAACACGAAAAUACCAAAUAACAAAGUGAAAGACAGAAACGAAAAACAAAACAGUUCUGUAUGGUGAAAACACAGACAGAAAACAAUCCCCCACAACUCAAGUGGGAAAAACAGGCUGCCUAAGUAUCGUUCUCAAUCAGAGACAACGAUUGACAGCUGCCUCUGAUUGAGAAUCAUACCAGGCCAAACACAUAGAAAACCAAAACUAGAACAACACAUAGAAUAGAACACACUGCCAAGACAAUGCAGGAGUGGCUUCGGGACAAGUCUCUGUGUGGCCCAGCCAGAGCCCGGACUUGAACCCAAUCGAACAUCUCUGGAGAGACCUGAAAAUAGCUGUGCAGUGAUGCUCCCCAUCCAACCUGACAGAGCUUGAGAGGAUCUGCAGAGAAGAAUGGGAUAAACUCCCCAAAUACAUGUGUGCCUAGCUUGUAACAUCAUACCCAAGAAGACUCGAGGCUGUAAUCACUGCCAAUGGUGCUUCAACAAAGUACUGAGUAAAGGGUCUGAAUACUUAUGUAAAUGUAAUAUUCCAGUUCUUUAUUUUUAAUAUUUAAUAAACAGUUUUUGCUUUGUCAUUAUGGUAUAUUGUUUGUAGAUUGGAGAGGGAAAAAAUUAUUUAAUCCAUUUUAGAAUAAGGCUGUAACGUAACAAAAUGUGGAAAAUAUUUUCCGAAGGCAUUGUAUAUGUCUUGUACUGUACUUGUAAUAUACAGUAUGUGUCUCAGGUGUGUCCAUGAGCGUCCAUUGCUUGUGCAUGUUUCUAUCUUGUUAAGACCUCUUAAGGAUCAGACCCUUUUUUUCAAUUUUCAUCUGAAAUGACAUACACAAAUCGAACUGCCUGUAGCUUAGGACCUGAAGCAAGGAUAUGCAUAGUCUUGAUACCAUUUGAAAGGAAACACUUUGCAGUUUGUGGAAAUGUGAAAUUAAUGUAGGAGAAUAUAACACUUUAGAAAGACCAUUAUCGGACUUAGGACUCUAGGUGCAAUUAAGAUUUUGGCCACUAGAUGGCAGAAGUGUAUGUGCAAAGUUUUAGACUGAUCCAAUGAAUCAUUGCAUUCCUGUUCAAAAUGUUAAAAUGUCUGCCCAAAUAUGCCUAAUUGGUCAAUAUAUACAUGUUAAGGUAGAUAGCUGUGUACUCUUUAAACAAUAGCAUGGCAUGUUUUCACUGUAAUAGCUACUGUAAAUUGGACAGUGCAAUUAGAUUAACACUCAUUUAAGCUUUCUGCCCAUAUAAAAUAUGUCUAUGUCUGGGAAAUGUUCUUGUUUCUUACAAAGUCAUGCUAAUCACAUUAGCGCACAUCAGCUUAACCGUCCCGAGGGUGGGACACCGACCCGUAGAGUACUUUAUUAACCCACUUAAGACACUACUCCUUCUUUCCAAUCCUUACAUUUUAUGGCUCUACAAGAAACUAAUAAAGAGGGUAACAGGAUACCAAACAUGUA